CACCACUUUUUUUAUUCCCUGAUUUGCAACCAUUCCUUUUCCCGGCCACAAAUGAAAACCUCGACUAUUGUUGCAGCCACCGUCGGUGUGCUCGCUGUGGCCACGGUCGGCUACGCCAUCUACUUUGAUUCGAAGCGAAGGAACGAUCCAGAAUUCAGGCGCAAGUUGAAGAAGGAGCGCAAGCGUACUCAGAAGCUGGCUGCAGAGGAGGCAAAGAAGCUAUCGAACAAGAGUGCACAAACUGUCGAGGAGGCAUUAGCCAGUAUUUCAGAUGAAGACUUCCCCACGUCAAUGGAGGAGCGUGAGAAGUUCUGUAUGGAGCAGCUUUCAGCUGGAGAGGCCCUUUUCACUCAAGGCCCUACCAAGUUUGGUCAAGCCGCUAUUUGCUUCUACAAGGCUUUGAAGGUCUACCCAGCCCCUGCGGAGCUGGUUAUGGUCUAUCAAAAGACGAUCCCGCCAGAGGUCUUUACUCUUGUGAUGGGCAUGCUCAGCAAGGAUGUUCAGAGCAAGCAGGAGAAGUACUACACUGUGUUCCCGCCUGAGGAGAUGAAUGUCAAGGUCGAGGAGAAGCCAGAAGGCGUUGCUGCUGAUGGACAGAAAGUUACCCGUCGUGGAUUGGUGGCGACCAAGUCGUUCGGUGCAGGGCAGACAGUCUACUCGGAGGCGCCUGUGAUCAGCUCGUUGGAACCAUCGCUGGAGGGCAAGGACUUUUGCCAUUACUGUUUGAAGCAGAUUGUGGAUGAGGCAUCCAAGGUUCCUUGCUCAAAAUGCACCCAGGUGGUGUUCUGUACGGAGGAUUGCAGAAAGUCGGCCGCACAGGAAUUCCAUGACAUUCUUUGCACAAAGGACUCGGAGGAUGCUUCCAGUCCUGAGCGUUCGUUGCGUGAGUACACGAAGACCACCAGGAACUUGGUCCCAGAGAUGCUUGCAAAGUUCUUGGUCAAGAUGGUCCACGAAGAGUCAUUGAACAGCGGAGCAGAGUACAAUUCUUUCGACCACAUGGAGCGUCUUCGCUACUUGGAGAUCACUGCCACUGCAGAGGAGGAGAAAGAGAUGGAGCUUUUGAAGGUCGCACUGGGGUCCAAUAUCCCCGGCAUUGACGAGUUCAUUACGGAGGAACGGUACCUGCUUAUGAAGGGAAGGUUGCUAUACAACCUCUACGGUGUUUCCACCUCUCUUAAUGUCGAUCACGACGUGGAGCCUUUGCCUGAGAGACAUCGCAGUGUGCGUGAUGCUCCUAUCACUGGUGGAGGAUUCUACCGUGUGACCUCGUACUUGAUGCACUCUUGCGAGCCCAACGCCAAGAUUGUGUUCUCAGAGAACGACCAUAAGGUAUCGAUCGUGACGACGAGGGAGGUCAUGGCCGGCGAGGAGCUCCUUGUUGGGUAUAUCAAGAACGACGACCUGUCGACGGAGAGUCGCCGCUUGGAGCUGUUCACAAAGUACCGUUUCCGAUGCAUGUGCCCCUUGUGCGAGACCACAGACUAAGGGAGAUUGGCAUGAUGAUGUAGAAAUAAAUAGAGUGUCUAGCGACGUUUUUUGUUUCGCGUUAA